CACCCCCCCUCCACCACCGAGGUUUUCACCACAACCAGUCUGCAAGAUGGUGAAGCGGAAGUUGGGCGCCUUGGAAAAGGUCGAGGCUGACCUGCCCAACCUGCAGCAGAAGAUCCGGAGAGAUCCCAAGUCCUACAUCGAAGACUUCCGCGCCCAGCAUUACCAGUAUGAGAGUCACCGGGAAAUUUUCAUGGCGGCGCCCUCGUCGACCACGGAGACGGGGCUGAUCUCGCUGCGGGAAUUGAUCGAUUUCAUCGCUCACGUGGCCCAUUGCUACCCCGAUAUCACGAAGGAGUUUCCCCAGCAGCUCAUGGAUAUCCUGAGCCAGCACCAUCUGAUUCUGCAGCCGGAGUUGCGCGAGAAGAUUGUCGGCAGCUUGGUGCUGUUGAGGAAGAAGGAGAUUUUGGACUCCGCGACACUGCUCCAGACGCUGUUCCCUAUUCUGGUCUCUACGCCCAGCAAAACGCUCCGCGCUCUCGUCUUCCAGAAGAUCCUCAUGGACCUCCGCACGUCCAACGCCAAGGCUACGAACCACAAACUCAACCGCACCAUGCAGACGGUGUUGUUCAACCUGGUUACCUCGGACCGGACCUCCUCUAAGGGUCUGUGGGCGAUCAAGCUGACGCGCGAGCUGUGGAAGCGCCAAAUCUGGUCCGAUGCGAAGGCCGUCGAUGUUAUGAAGGAGGCGAGUCUGGCGCAGAAUGAAAAGGUCAUCGUCGGUGGUGUCCGGUUCUUCCUGGGUGGAGACAAGGAGCGCGAGGAAAUGGAGGACGAGAGCAGCGACGAGGAGGCGAUUGAUAUGGGCCAGGUCAGACAUCAGGCCGGCAUCAACAAGAAGACCAGGAGUAAUGCCCGCGCCGUGGCCAAGGCCCGCGCCGCCGUCAAGAAGAAGGAGCGCAAGAAGAACCAACCGCACCCGUUGAACUUCUCCGCUCUGCAUCUUCUCCACGACCCCCAGGGGUACGCCGAGUCCCUGUUCUCGAAGCACCUGCAGAACACCAAGUCGAAACUCAACCUGGACCAGAAGCUCAUGGUGCUUCAGCUGAUUACUCGCCUGGUCGGUCUGCACAAGCUUCACAUCAUGCACCUGUACUCGUACUUCCAGAAAUACCUCACCCCCCGACAGCCCUCCGUCACCUCCUUCUUGGCCUCUCUGGCCCAGGCGUCGCACGAUCUGGUUCCUCCCGAUGAUCUCGAGCCUUUGGUGCAGAAGAUCGCAAACGAGUUCGUCUCUGAAGCAUCGGCCGCCGAGGUCGCUUCGGCUGGUCUCAAUGCCAUCCGUGAGAUCUGCGCCCGUCAGCCGCUCGCCAUGAACGAGACCUUGCUGCAGGAUUUGGUCAUGUACCGCAAGAGUAAAGACAAGGGUGUCAUGAUGGCCGGUCGCGGUCUGCUCAGUCUGUUCCGGGACGUUGCUCCCGAGAUGCUCAAGAGAAGAGACCGCGGCAAGGAUGCUUCGAUCGGUCUUCAGAAGGGUGACAAGAAGGAGAAGCGCUUCGCUGAGCAGUCCGCCGGUGGCAUCGAGGGUCUGGAGCUUCUGGAGAAGUGGAAGGAGGAGGAGCGCCGCAAGAAGAGGGCCGAGCUGGGUCUGCCUUCCGAUGCCGAGGAUGACGAGGAAGAGGAUGAGGAGGCCGACUGGGCCGCCUGGAACGUGGAUGAUGAUGAGGACAGCGAUGGCUCCGGCGACUGGGUCAACGUGCAGAGUGACGUCGAAAUCGACUUCAGCGAUUCCGAGGAUGAGAAGGACGGGCCUCCCUCGAAGAAGGCCAAGUCCGCGGAGAGCAAGAAGGAUGAUGCCCCGGCCGAAAAGGAGGAAGAGAGCGCCGAGGCCAAGUUCUCCAAGCUCGCCACCACUCGCAUCCUCACGCCGGCCGAUCUGGCCAAGCUCCAGGAGCUACGCGAGGAGGCCGCCAUCAACGCGCUCGUCCCGGGAGCUCGGGGACGUAACGCGGCGGCCAACGUCACUCGGCAUCGCGAUGACCCCCUGACCGCGGAAGAGAUCGAGGGUCUGGCGGCUCUGUCGGCGGGCAAGCAAACGCGCGAGGAGCGUAUCGCGCACGCCAGGGAGGGCAAGACGGAGCAGCACAAGAGUGUGACGGCCAAGCGCAAGGAGCGCAAGGAGGACCAGGGCAAGAGUACGACCAACAAGGAGAAGGCGCGCAAGAAGAACUUCCUGAUGACGCUGGGCAAGGCCAAGAGCAAGAACAAGAGAAGUUUGGUGCAGACGCGGGCGGUCCUCAAGGCGCAUCAGGACCGGGCCAAGCGUGGCGGCCGACGUGGAAACGUUGGGAUGUGAGCGAGGGAUAUGAGGGAUAUGAGGGAUAUGAGGGAUAUACCGUGAUAGAUACCCUGUAGCCGAUCUGAGUUCGAGGGUUUUUGGAUUUUGUUGGUUUUAUGGAUGUUCAAAAGCGUGCUCUGC